AAUUAUUCCCCUGAGUUCCAGGCUCAAUUGGACAAACUACGUCUCAAAUUGGAAGAGGAUGAAUACCAACAAAUGGUGAAUCGCGGGAAGACCAAAUUGGAGGGAGACGAUACGUAUAAAUCUCCUGCUCAGGUGUGGAAAGAGGUGAACUCAUACAUCACCAAUAUUAUAAAUGUCCUUGUUACGGUAUUCGCUGUUGUAUGGGCGCUCUGGACAUGGACAUCUUAUAAUCCGACUGUUUUCAAGCUGCAUUAUAGAGUGCUCAUAUGCUUUUUUGGUGGAUUGUUGGCUUUGGUGGCGGAUGUCGUUGUAUUGAAUGCCUUUUUCAGAAAGAUUAACGAGGCCAAGAGCAAAGAACGGAAUAAGAUAGAGAUUAAAAAGGUUAUAGAUACUGUUAUUAUA